UUCAAAUAAACGUCAGAUUCUUAACCUAUACAAAAAUACCACCACGGCCAAGAUCUGCAGGAGUCCUGUAUAUAUUUUAGUGAAAAACAUUGAUGAUUAAAGGUUAACUACAAACACUCAAAAUGGAUACCUCAAUGACUGCUUCUGAGGUUCGUAAUGCCUAUAUAGACUUUUUUAAAGAAAAACAACAUGUCUAUUGGCAUUCAUCUUCAACAAUUCCACUGGACGACCCCACCUUACUUUUUGCCAAUGCUGGUAUGAACCAAUACAAACCAAUCUUUUUGGGUACCGUUGACCCAAACAGUGAUUUAUCAAAAUUAACCAGAGCAGUCAAUACACAAAAAUGCAUAAGGGCUGGUGGCAAACACAAUGAUUUGGAUGAUGUGGGAAAAGAUGUGUACCAUCAUACUUUUUUUGAGAUGAUGGGCAACUGGUCUUUCGGGGAUUAUUUUAAAAAGGAAAUUUGUGCCUGGGCCUGGGAAUUGUUGACUGUUCGUCUUAAGCUGCCAGGUGAUAGGCUUUAUGUUACUUAUUUUGGAGGGGAUAAGGCUGCAGGCUUGGAACCAGAUAAUGAGUGCAAACAGAUUUGGUUGGAUUUGGGCGUGCCCAAGAGCCACGUAAUUCCAGGCAGCAUGAAGGACAACUUCUGGGAGAUGGGAGAGACCGGACCGUGCGGUCCUUGUUCCGAAUUGCAUUUUGACCGCAUCGGCGGACGAGACGUGCCCGAACUCGUCAACCAGGACGACCCGGACGUGCUGGAAAUCUGGAACCUCGUGUUCAUUCAGUUCAACCGCGAAACGGACGGAAGCCUGAAGGCUCUACCCAAAAAACACAUCGAUUGCGGCCUGGGAUUGGAGCGUUUGGUGUCUGUGAUUCAGAACAAACGCUCGAACUACGAUACCGAUCUAUUUUUGCCGUUGUUCGAUGCCAUACAGAAAGGUUCUGGUGCUCCGGCUUAUCAAGGAAGAGUAGGGAAUGACGAUACCGAUGGCGUCGAUAUGGCGUACAGAGUCUUGGCUGAUCACGCUAGAACGAUCACUAUUGCCUUAGCGGAUGGCGGCAAUCCCGAUAACACCGGCAGAGGUUAUGUUUUGAGACGUAUUUUAAGAAGGGCUGUCAGAUAUGCCACAGAAAAACUAAAUGCUAAACCUGGUUUCUUCGCCACUUUGGUGCAUGUUGUGGGACAAAUACUCGGCGAUACUUUCCCUGAAAUCCGUAAAGACCCCCAAAGCAUAAUCGAUACUAUUAACGAAGAGGAAGACCAGUUCUUGAAAACUCUCUCUAGAGGGCGCAAUUUGCUUAACAGAACGAUUGGCAAGUUGGGCGAUUCAAAAACCCUUCCGGGAGAUGUCGCCUGGAGGUUGUACGAUACCUACGGCUUUCCUGUGGAUUUAACUCAACUGAUGGCAGAAGAAAAAGGCCUCAACGUCAACAUGGAAGCGUACGAGGAGUCGAAGAAGGCCGCGCAAUUGGCAUCGCAAGGCAAAGGCACUGGAGUCGAGGAUACAAUCAACCUGGACGUGCACGCUAUUACCGAGUUGCAGAAUAAAGGUGUACCACCUACCGACGAUUCCUUGAAAUACACUUACGAAGCCGGUUCCGAUUUAAACGUCGAAUACAAGUUUGGAGCUUGCGAGGCAACCGUAAUCUGUUUGAGAUAUAAUAAACAGUUCGUGGAUCAAGUAGAAACAGGACAAGAGUGCGGCGUGCUUUUGGACAAGACCAGCUUCUAUGCGGAACAGGGCGGUCAGAUAUACGAUACGGGUUACAUCAACAAAGUCGGCGAUGAAAGCGUUGAAUUCUCCGUGAAGAACGUUCAGGUCCGUGGAGGUUACGUCGUGCACAUUGGCAGUAUCGAAGGUUCCCUAAAAAAGGGCGACAAAGUGGUUCUUCACAUUGAUGCAUCCAGAAGGCGUUUGAUUAUGAAUAACCACACUGGAACGCACAUUUUAAAUUACGGUUUAAGAAAAGUGUUGGGUACUGAAGCCGACCAAAGAGGUUCGUUAGUAGCUCCGGAUCGUUUGCGAUUUGAUUUUACGAAUAAAGGUGCUCUAACUGCGGAUCAAGUCAAAAAGGCUGAGGAAGCCUCAAAAGAGUUGAUUUCCAGGAAUGGAGAAGUUUUCGCGAAAGAAUCCAACUUAAGUGUGGCCAAAACUAUUCGAGGACUUCGCGCUGUAUUCGAGGAAACAUACCCUGACCCAGUCAGGAUUGUUUCUAUUGGUAUCCCAGUGGAUAAGCUGGAAGCAGAUCCCUUCAGUCCCUCAGGUGACACCACAUCCAUAGAGUUCUGCGGGGGCACUCACUUGAAAUAUGCUGGCCAUAUUGGCGAUUUCGUGAUCGCAAGCGAAGAAGCCAUCGCUAAGGGCAUUAGAAGAAUCGUUGCGCUUACCGGACCGGAAGCAACAAAAGCCUUAAAGAAGAACGAACUACUCGAAAACAGACUGAACGAGAUUAAAUCCGCGAUCGAUGUCGAUAAAGACAGCGCCAAGUCCAAGGAAAAUGUCAAAAAAAUCGUCGAACUGACAGAGGAAGCAUCUCACGCAACUAUUCCCUACUGGAAAAAAGAAGAGAUCAGAAACACAUUAAAGAACUUAAAGAAGACCUUGGACGAUAAGGAUCGUGCUGCUAAAGCUGCAAUUGCAAAUAAAGUGGUCGAUGAUAUCAAAGAGUUUGUUAAAGCCAAUCCAAACCUUCCAAUCCUAGUGAAGGAAUUGAAAGCAUUUAAUAACACCAAAGCUCUUGAUACUGCUUUAAAGCAAGUCAGAACCCUUAGUCCAAACACAUCAGCGAUGUUUGUUACUGUGGACCAAGAUUCCAACAAAGUUUUUUGUCUGUCUUCAGUACCCAAAGAAGCUAUUGAAAAGGGUUUAAAAGCCAAUGAAUGGGUGCAAGCAGUUGCUACUAAACUGGGUGGAAAAGGUGGAGGAAAGCCAGACUCUGCUCAAGCCUCUGGAGCGAACUCUGCUGAUAUUAACGACAUUUUAGAUUUGGCAAAGAAAUUUGCUGACUCUAAACUUGCUUAAUUUUUUUAUGCUUUAAAAAUAUAUAUCUCAAUGGUAAUGGUUUACAUUAUGAAAUUGUUGAUUAUAACUAUUAAUUAAAUCCAAAUAAAUACUAAGUUUAAACUUUAUGUAUUUAUUAUAUAACAAUAAAAUCAUUUUAUACUUUCACCAACGUUAUUUUUAUCGUAAAUUAUUCUUAUCCUAAUUAAAAGUUCCUCCAAAUUCGUUCCCACUUUUGCACUAAUAGGAAUUAUCAACUCUGUAGUGUGUUCUUUUAGAAUUUCCAAAUUUUCUUCGGAAUCCUCCAAAUCCAUUUUGUUGGCUAUUAUAAUUUGCGGUCUUAGGUUCAGUUUAUCGUUAAAUUGUGACAAUUCAAAUUUUAACAUAUUUAAAGUUUUCCAAGGUUCUGGAAGGGACAUGUCAAGUAUAUAAAGCAAUCCCAUACAUCUUUCAGCAUGCUUUAAAAAUUGUAUUCCUAAACCUUUAUUUUUAUGUGAAUCAGGGAUUAACCCAGGCAAAUCAGCAACUAGAAAAAAGUGUUUAAGUAAAAUGUUACAAUAUUAUUUUUAAGAAUUAUUAUUACUUGCGAUUUGUUCAUAAUCAUCAUAUUGCACCAUGCCUAAAUGAGGCUUUAAUGUUGUAAAUGGAUAAGGGGCUACUUUUGGCCUUGCUCUAGAUAUAGCUCUUAAAAGGGUACUUUUCCCAGCAUUAGGAAGACCAAU